UUCCGCUAGAGCUCAAGUUAAACUUUCUUUGAGACCCUACCCACAAAUAUUUCUAUAUGUAACGCCGCCAUCAUCUUCGCGUUUGGUUCGUGUUCACGAUCAGGACUGCCGAGUGCCCGAGACGGAGAGCAGUUCACAAUGGCUGGAAAGGUUUUGGCCACUAGGCUGUUGCAAUGCAGCCGAGUGCAGAACACUGCUGGUAUGAGCUAUCAGGCAUAUUACAAGGAAAAGAUUGGAAACAGGGAAGUAGUAUGCUACGGUGUAAACGGCGAUCCAAACUACAUUGAUCGAGUAGACUACCCCAUGCCAGCAAUUCGCUUCAGGGAACCAACUGCUGACAUUCAGGCUCUUAGAGAGAAAGAAAGGGGAGACUGGAAAAAACUUUCCAUAGACGAAAAAAAAGCAUUGUACCGAGCUAGCUUCUGCCAAACUUUUGCUGAGAUUAAUGCACCGACCGGCGAAUGGAAGAGUAUUGUUGGGUGGGCUUUAUUCGGUUCUAGCCUCGCACUUUGGAUGUUUAUGUACUUGAGGAAGUAUGUCUAUCCCCCACUACCAAUAACGCUUGACGAAGAACAUCAACUAGGUCAGCUGGAACGUAUUAAGAAACUCGACAUGAACCCAAUUGAUGGAAUCAAUUCCCGUAAAUAAGCAAUUGGUGAAUAAUAUGUACUAUAGUUAUAUUAUUACAGUAGUCUGAAGUAUGGCAGUAACAAUCAAGUUCUGUACAUGAAAUCGUACACCCGUCAUACGGAAAACAAAUAAAAAUCAUUUCUAAUAAAUCA